AUGUGUGUCCAGGUCUUGGAGAAGACUCAGGAGUACUGUAAGGACCGGAACAUCCCGUUCCCGUGUCCAGACUACGAGGAGCUCAGGAAGCAGCCACUCAGAGAAGUCUACGUGUUUGAAGACCAGGAGAAACCCACAGCCCCCAUGGUCCUGUUCCUGCCACUGGUCAAUAUGUCCUACCAGGAGUUCAAGAGACUAGGAGUUGUGCGCUCGCAGGAGGAGCUAGCCGCGGGCCGUGUGGACGUUAGCUCGCCCAAUUCGCCGUAUAAGACCAAAAACAUGACCUACUCUGAGGAGGACUACGACGCUCUCAUCGACCUCACCACCUACAACGUCUUACGGCGCCUCCCUGCGCGCGGCGCGUCCGUCCCAACCCGUCUCGACUUACGACCAGUCCCCCCGCGCGACCUCCUCCCCCUCCACACUGAUCGCGCUCACCGCCCAUACUUCGCGCCCGUUUGCGUUCCGGCGUCCGAGACGCGUUGCCCAGUGUACUACUCGCCGACGGUCGCCAGCGCUUUAACGGCCGCCUUCUGCGUCUUCACGAUGCGCCCUUCCCGGCCCGCCUGGCGUAAGCACCGCGACGCUCUUGAUCUCGCGUUCAAUCGCCGUAUUCGGCACCGUCGACCGCUGAAGCGCCGCGCUCCCGUUGGCAGACCGCUUUCUGCACCCCUCCAGCGCCUUUCGUCCGACCUACUGCGCUUCCCCGAGCCUGCGGCCCGGCGCUCGACCGCCUAUGCCUGCGCCUACCCCCCUUCGCCUUCGUCUGAGAAGGCGCGAUCGGCGCCCGCCGUCACCAAGGGAGGUGUAGAAAGCAGGAGAAGAAAAGGCAGGGACCUCUCCAAGGAGGACUCUUGUCUACAUCCAUCUGCUCCUCGCUCCGUCCCCCUACGCGCUCCGCGCGCUACCCGCGCGAGACGCCACUACAACCCACACCCGCCCUACGCUCGCCCCCGCACUUCGUGCGCACCCUGCGCCGCGCUGCGAGCUCCCCGGCAUUCGCCUCUCGCCCACGCUCCGCGCUCGCCGCUGCGAUUUCGCCACUUCGGAUCGCGGCGGGCGCCACCCUCCCGCCUCGGCGCCCUCCGCCCUCGCGCCUUUACGGCGACGGGCCACGCUGGCCCCACCGCUCACCCUUCAGGACGCGCCAGUGGCGCUCUCCAGUUUGCGCGUCACUUGAGGUUUUCUGGAGCGGGGCCAAACCCCAGCCAGAUCCCAGCGGUUAGGAGACGCGGGGUGGCUCCUCUGAUUGAGGUGUCGAGGCUGUUCUUGGACCAGGACGGGCGCUGUGUGGAGCUCUGUCCCUCCGGAUCCUUCUCCAACCCGGUCCUGGGAGUGUGUGAGAACUGUUCCCCAAACUGUGAGCUGUGUGAUGGGUCCAGCGACCACUGUGUGAGCUGCUCCCGACACGGACACACACCUCUGCUCCACCGGGGCUCGUGCUGGUCCCAGUGCCCCGAUGGUUACUUUGAAUCGGAGGAGGGGGUGUGUGAGGUCUGUGUGGGCCCCUGUCAGUCGUGUGAGGGCCUGGGCUCCCGGUGCCUGUCCUGCUCAGACGGCUUCUUCCUGGAGGGACGAUCGUGUCGCCUCAACUGCUCCGAGAGGAUGUUCCCGUCUGAGGAUGGGACGUGCCGACACUGCCCCCCCCACUGCGACGUCUGCUCCGACCAGCACACCUGCCUCAAGUGCAGCUUCCUGUACCUGAUGCUGGACGCCGUGUGCAGAGCCAGUUGUCCGGACGGAUACUUCGAGGACAUGGAGGAGGGGCGCUGUGGGCCGUGUCACCCGACCUGCGCCUCCUGCUCCGGGCCCCGAGGAGACGACUGUGAGACCUGCUCCUCAUUCAUGCUCUACAAAGGCGCCUGCUACAGGGAGUGCCCCGCGGGAACCUACUACCAAAGCACUGCCAACGAGUGCCAAGAGUGUCAUCAGACGUGUGCCAGCUGCCGGGGCCCGGAGCCUCACCAGUGCUCGGCGUGUGAGAAGGGCCUCGUGCUGGACCCCAACUCCCUGCUGUGUGGAGUGACAGGGGACGCACACUGCCCCCUAGGGACCUACCUGCAGCAUGACGGCUUCACCUGCUCCAGUUGCCACCGCUCCUGCCUGUCCUGCCAGGGCCCCCAGCUCUGCUCCACCUGCGAGGCCCCCCACCACCUGCACAAUGGCUCCUGUAUCCGUGUGUGUCCCGUCGGCUCCUACAGCUCCACACAGGCCACAGACGGACGCCAGCUCGGCUUCUGUCUUCGGUGUGACCCUGUCUGCUCCUCCUGCAGCGGCGACUCGGCCAAAGACUGUCUGACCUGUUCUCCGGGACACCUGCGCCUCCUGCACCUCUGCGUCACCCACUGUCCCACCGGUUAUUACAAGCGAGAGUCUGCGUGUGAGAAGUGCCAUCACUCCUGUGCCGUGUGCUCUGGUCCUGGUCCAGAGUCCUGUCGGCUCUGUGCGCCCCCCCUGCUGGAGAUACAAGGAACUACAGUGUGUGUGCAGCGCUGCCCUCUGCGCUUCUACCAGAGCGACAAUGUGUGCAAACAAUGUCACAUCAGCUGCAAGACCUGCUCAGGUGCGUCUCCUCAGGACUGUCUCUUGUGUGAUGAAGGCAACACUCUGAAGGACAGUGUGUGUUUCCCUCGCUGUGAAGAAGGAACCUACUUCUCACAACAGGUCAGAGGUUUAUAA